CUUGGAAAGACGUCUGGUUCCAUUGACUUACAUUAAGUGUAAAGUUUCCCUCUCAGAGCAGAACACAAUCUGAAAUCAUCAGAGUAACACACAAACACCGAAAAUGGGCAAUGACUCCUCCUCAUACGGUGAUGCGUUGAGACAUGCACAAGAGCAGGCGCGUGAGCAGGAGAGGGCACGUCAGCAGGAGCUGCAGCAUCAGUGGGAGUUGCAGCGUCAGCAGGAGUGGGAACGUCAGCGGGAGUGGGAGCGUCAGCAGGAGCGGGACCGUCAGCAGGAGCGGGAGCGUCAGUGGGAGAGAGAGCGCCAGAAUUUAGAACAAGAGCAGUGGAGACUGCAGCAAGAGAAAGAGAUGAUAGAAAGAUUGCAAAGCGAGCGAGAGGAGGAGCAGAGGAAAGUGAUAGAGCAGCAGCGAGCAACAGAAGAGAAGGAAAGGAUGAGAAUCCAGAAUAAGUAGACCUUUCAAGCACUCAAGUACUUAAGACAGGGCUCGGCAACCCAAAUGUUAAGAAGAGCCAUUUUGUCCUUUCAAUAGAAAUCCCUUUUACCAUCGUGGCUGUAAAUAUGUCUCAGUAUGUGCUGAUGUGCUAGUAAAGGCUAAAAAAUAUAAUAUAAACGAAAACGCAGACUUACUUUGCUCUGCUUUAGCUCAGCCAUAGCCACUUUUCUCGCAUCUCUGGCAGGAAACUUCUCCAAAAGUAGAACAGUUAACGUUAACGUUUGACUUUUUACGAGGCUGAAGAAGCUUCUCAUUUGCUCAUUUGUUCUAAUUUUUCGUUGCACCUUAAAUGGUGUCUGAGGUACCAGAAUGUAACUGCUGCACCAUUUAAGGUGGAACGGGAAAAUUCAGACAGGCAGUUGACUUUUUAUUGUUUGACAGUUUCUCAAUGCAGAUUAAACGUAUCAGGAAACCAGCUGGAGUGAUUAUAAAUGCUGAUAAAAGUCCAUUAGUCACCAAAUUAUCAAUGUUCAUCUUAAAUCUCUCUCUUUGCCAUUUUUUUAGCUACUAGCUGGGUGAGACUGUUGUCUGAGCUGCUGUGGUGACCAACAGUCUGCACGCCUACCCUCAGGGUUAAAGGGUUAAUCAGCAGUUAUACAUUAACUCCAGUGUUUAAGGCCAUUUGAUGUUAAAACUGUGUUGAACGAUCAGCAGAGCUUUAUUUUACUGCAGAGGAGGAUUAUUUUAUUUUUACCUAAACAUCUAAUUCUGCUCUGGACAGGGCUCCUCCGCAACAGGGCAGUAAAAGAGCCACAUGCGUCUCCGGAGCUGUAUGUUGCCGACCCCUGACUUAAAAGAAAUUCCAUUGAUUUUUUUUUAUAUUAUAUAUAAUAUACAAUGGCUAAGAUGUACUACACAGUCGUUCAGAGUGGUUUGGUGUGAAACAUUCUAUUCUACACAAACUUGAUGAGUCAGAAUUGUUUAUAGUGGUGGUGAUAGGAACCAGACGUCUAUGGAGUUUAAUACUACUAAAAGGUUCCUGAUAAAAGAUGCAAGAUUUCAAAAAUUCAUUCAUGGCAGAGAAGUUUAUGCAAGAUUUUGUAAAAAAAACCCAAUUUUUUCAGAUUUUUUGCUAUUUUCCCAUCAACAUUACACAUACAGUCUCAGAAGACACGUGUAGGUUCACUGGUAGUUUUGGAUACUAAAUAAUAUGGUUAUAUAUGGUUAUAAUAAUUUGUGUUGUAGGCAUCGUCACCCUUGUUCCUCUCGGUUUCUCAACAAUCAACCAUUUCACCUCAAACCACUCUGAACCUCAACUAUUGAAUGAUUCAGACUUAAUCUGGAAAAUCCCCCUUUAAAUAACUGCUCUGUGUUGUAAAGUUGUGCAGUUUUUCAGCACUGCUGUCCACCUAUUCAACAAAAACGCAAUAAACAUUUACUUUUACAUUCAUAAAAGUUCAAGUGUGAUUUAUUGUGGCAAAUGUCCAGCAUCAAGGUACAAU